ACGCUGCUGCUUAUCCGGGGAUGUCACACCGCUGCUAUUUUCUCCCCUCAGUCCCUCUCACUCUCAGCUUACAGCUCAAGCCCACUGACACGGGGCUUUGGAUAGAAAGAAAAGGACAAUACGAUACACAACCGGGGCGAACAUGGCAGAGCUCGCAGCGGGAAUCCUGCCGUCAGGAGAUCCUGCUUUUAACUACCAGGAGCACGAGCUGAACGAGCGGUUGAAGCACCUCUACCCGGCUGUGAACGAGGAAGAGACCCCGUUGCCCCGAUCCUGGAGCCCCAAGGAUAAAUACAGCUACAUUGGGCUGUCACAGAACAACCUGCGGGUCCAUUACAAAGGCCAUGGUAAGAACCACAAGGACGCGGCCUCUGUGCGAGCCACACACCCGAUCCCUGCUGCCUGCGGGAUCUACUACUUUGAGGUCAAGAUUGUAAGCAAAGGUCGAGACGGGUACAUGGGCAUCGGCCUGUCUGCCCAGGGAGUCAACAUGAACAGGCUGCCUGGAUGGGACAAGCACUCGUACGGCUACCACGGAGACGACGGCCACUCUUUCUGCUCCUCCGGGACCGGCCAGCCGUACGGCCCGACCUUCACCACGGGGGACGUGAUUGGCUGCUGCGUUAACCUCAUCAACAACACUUGCUUUUACACCAAAAACGGCAUCAGUUUAGGUGUAGCAUUUACAGACCUCCCUCCCAACUUGUACCCCACCGUGGGGCUGCAAACUCCGGGAGAGAUCGUAGACGCCAACUUUGGCCAGCAGCCGUUUGUCUUCGACAUCGAGGACUACAUGAGCGAAUGGCGAGCCAAGAUCCACGGCAUGAUCGCCCGCUUCCCCAUCGGAGAGCGGCUGGGCGAGUGGCAGGUUGUCCUGCAGAAUAUGGUGUCUAGCUACCUGGUGCAUCAUGGGUACUGUGCCACCGCUACAGCCUUCGCCAGAGCCACAGAGACUCUGAUACAAGAGGACCAGACGUCCAUAAAGAACAGACAAAGAAUACAGAAGCUAGUGCUGGCAGGACGGGUGGGCGAAGCCAUAGAGGCCACUCAGCAGCUUUACCCCACCCUCUUAGAACAUAACCCCAACCUACUCUUCAUGUUAAAGUGUCGUCAGUUCGUGGAGAUGGUGAACGGCACAGACAGCGAGGUCUGCUGCUUGAGCGUUCGCUCCCCCAAGUCACAGGACAGUUACCCAGGCUCCCCCGGCCUCACCCCCCGCCACGCGGCCGGCAACGCGCACCUGCACGCCGCAGGAGCCGACAGCCCAACCUGCAGCAACGGAGUGACCCCCCCCGCCAAGUCAAAGAGCCACGGCUUCACCGGCGGCGUCAAAUACGCCAGCGUGUCGUCCUCCUCCGCCUCUGCCUCCUCCUCCACCUCCUCCUCCCCGUCCUCCGUCAACUACUCAGAGUCCAACUCCUCCGACUCCACGAAGAGCCAACCACACAGCGCCAACAGCACCCAGGAAACCAGCGACAGUGAGAUGGAUGUCGAAGCAGAGCACUAUACCAAUGGCGUUGUCGAGGGCUCCUCGGCGCGAAUCAUGAACGGCACGUACAAACACGAAGAAAUCCUUCAACCUGAUGACAACAGCAUUGGCAACGGGGUCACAAAUGACAGUUGCAGUAAUGGCAGACAGCUGUGUGGAGGGAACCAGGCAGCCACAGAGAGGAUGAUCCAGUUUGGACGGGAGCUGCAGAUGCUCAAUGAACAGCUGUGCCGCGAGUACGGCAAGAACACCACGCACAAGAAGAUGUUACAGGAUGCAUUCAGCCUGCUGGCGUACUCAGACCCGUGGAACUGCCCCGUUGGCCAGCAGCUAGACCCGACCCAGAGAGAAUCCCUCUGCUCCGCACUCAACAGCGCCAUACUUGUGUCCCAAAAUCUGCCCAAGCAGCCUCCGCUGAUGUUAGCGCUCGGCCAGGCCACUGAGUGUGUUCAGCUCAUGGCCCGGGUCCGGUCCGGCUCCUGCUCCUUCGCCAGAGUAGACAACUUUUUGCACUAGCCCAGGUCCAGGUUAAUGUUAAGUGGCACCGGGAGAAGAAAUGUCCAGCAGAUAGUUGUCAUGGCGACAGAGGAAAGAGCAUGCGUGUGAUUGGUGUGUUUGGCUGUCCAUCAGACCGAACAAGUGGCAUAGCCAAAGGAGGAGAGCAGCAGAGAAGAGAGCUUCCUUUUUAAUUUAGUAUUAUCAAACAAAGAAAUGUGUGACACUAUUUAAGAUCAUUUAUUAUUAUUCUGUUUAUCUAGUCAUUUUUAUAGUUCUUUAUUUUUUUGUCAGUUUGUUACAAACAAAUUGUGAAUGCCCUUUUAUUUUCUCUUCUAUUUUUACAUGGAUGGAUUUUAAUUUUCUGCGAUCAGUAUUUUACUCACGUUGAUGUUCACCAUAUCACAGGCAUCAAUACCAUCACCAAGCUACCACGGUGACCCACAAGACUCUAGGUCAGCUUUGCAAACCCCGAGACAUAUUAACGUCAUCUUAGAUAAGUUGCAAAAGACAAAGAUUUGUUUAUCCUCCUAAAGUACUCAGUGCAUUCGUGUCUUGAAAUAAAUUCAACCGGGCCGAGCAAACAGGCUCAGCAUGAACAAAAAAACACCAUUAGUGGUGUGGAGCAGAUCAGGAGGUCCAGUCAAGCCUGAUUCCGUAUAAUAAUAAACACUGCUGCUGAUAUUAAACUAAUGAAUGGAUUUAUGUGAGAGAAAAGAAAAUCCACUUACUGCUUUUCUAUUGGUCACAGUAAAAAAAAAUCUUUGUAAGAAAACAUAAUUGAAGGGCCUCUGUAGUAACCAGGGGUUGAUGGAUG